UUUAAACUGAACUCGUUCUAGUUAGCUUCACGCGAACGCGGAUGAAUCGAGUAUAAAACUGUAAGUUCGUGUUUCCGGUGAAGGACACUUAACGGUCUAAGCUUUUACAACGGUUGGUUAAAAAAAAAAAAAAAAAACAAAGAAAGAAAGAAAAAAACAUCCAGCCUGUCAACGGUCCAACUGUUUUUAACCGUCAAGCCAGAGAGAAUACUUCUGUGGAGCUAGCAUGUCUGGAGAACAGAAGAGUGGUGGCGGAUGGAGGAAAACUUUAUGGAAUCCAGAGAAGAAACAGUUUCUAGGGCGAACAGGGGAGAGUUGGCUUAAAAUCUCCGUGUUCUAUGUGAUUUUCUACGCUUUCCUGUGUGGGAUUUUCAUCGGGUCCAUUCUGGUUUUGCUAAUGACGUUAAGUGCGUACAAACCCAAAUACCAGGACAGAAUUGUUCCCUCAGGUCUGUCAUUCAAACCCUACGCCCCCAACUUUGACAUCAAAUUCAAGAAGGACGACCCGUCUUCAUAUGAGUCGUACGUCAAGAGCUUGAAGACGUUUAUUGAGCAAUAUAAUGAUGAAAAACAGACUGACGACAUGAAAUAUGAGAAUUGUGGAGCCACCCCGAAGCCAUACACUGAACGCGGCGAACUCGAAAGUAAAGCGGGACAGAAGAAAAGUUGCCGCUUCAGCCGAAGCGAGCUGGAAGGCUGCUCCGGGCAAAACGACACCACCUUUGGCUUUAAGGAGGGAAAGCCGUGCCUCAUUGUCAAGCUCAACAGGAUUAUCAAUUUCAGACCUAAACCUCCUUCCAUCAACGAUUCGCUUCCAGACGCUCUGAAAGGCAAAUCCUUUGAUAACUUCAUCCCCGUUCACUGCACUUGUUUGAGGGAGAAAGACAGAGGCAAGAUCGGAGAGAUCAAGUACUUUGGCUUCGCGGGGCGCGGCGGUUUCCCUCUCCAGUACUACCCUUACUACGGCAAAAUGCUGCAUCCCAAUUAUUUGCAGCCUCUGGUGGGCAUCAAGUUCACCAACCUCACUAUGAACAGGGAGGUCCAGGUCGAGUGCAGAGUGUACGGGGGCGGCUGGCCUUACACGAAGGACAGCCAUCGUGGAUACUUUUACGUUCACUUCACUGUGAGACAGUGACCCCAUACCCGAUGGUGGCAAAAUGAAAAAAAGAAAAAAAAAACGUAGAGAGAUAUUCAAGAGUUCAGACAACGGCUCUGAACGUGUGCUUAUACUUGAUUUUUCGUGUUUUCUGACCAGAAUUAAAACAGAAUCUAAGAUACAGGGCGGUAGUAAUAGCAAAUACUCUUUCUACAGUUAAUGUUGGGGUGGGACGGGGGAUGAUUGUGAUGUUCAUCGAUUAUUGUAAGAACUUGCAGUUUCACUACUGAUAUGUAGGGAGCUGUGUUUUUGUCGCCAUGGUGUUUUAUCCUUAUGUGGUUUAUAUAUUGAAGUGUCCAGGCGUUGUAGGGUUCUGUUUUAUUUUGACUUUAGUGCUCAAGGUGUGUAUCUGUGCUCCCAUGCCCGGGCAAGUGUUCAUUUAUGUGAGUGCAUAGAAGUUUUGUCAGUGUGUUUAGACAAACCAAAAUACUAGGUUGGUACUCUGUACCUUUAAGGUGUUAAGAUGAUUGUGUUAUGUUUUGUUUGUAUAAAUUUUCCUUAUUCAAGUUUGCCGUUCAAGAAUGUUUGUUCAUGUUUUGUUCAGCUUCACAAUAAAAUUGGUUUUGGAUAGGA